CGCGCAUGCUCGGCGCUGCUGUAUUCCCCGGUGCUGGUGGUGCGGAUGUGGCUGUAAAGUCAGAGGUGGAGAUGAUCCGCGGCGUUAUGAAAGUUUCUGUUUUAUUCCUGUGUUUUCUGUUCAGCCUCGCUGUAGCAGAGCAGGAGGAGCGGCUUCCCAAGAAAUGUGAAGAUUUUUGGCCUUGUCUUUUCACAUUUUGGGUAUGCAAGUUCUUGACAGUGGAGUUGCAGGCAGCUCUAGAAAAGACUGGCCGCUCCAAAGAGGUAAUGGAGCUUGGAGAGGUGCUGGACACCGGGAAACGCAGACGCAAAAUCAAGUACAAUACCUCGGAAACACGGUUGACGGAAGCUGUGGACAACAUCUGCGCAGGGAUUCUGCAGUACAACGUCCAUGCUGAGAGACCGGGGAGCCUCCGAUACGCCAAGGGGGCCAGUCAGACCAUGAGCACUCUGAAGAAUCUGGUUGAUAAGGGAGUCAAGGUGGAGCUGGGUAUCCCUUAUGAGCUCUGGGAUGAACCAACGGUGGAGGUGGCAGACCUGAAGAGACAGUGUGAGACUAUGCUGGAGGAAUAUGAAGAGGUGGUAGAGGACUGGUACUUCAAUCAUCAGGAGCAAAGACUGGAGAAGUUUCUUUGCGAAACUCAUGUCCUGAAAAACUCUGACAUGGAAUGCUUGAAGGAGGUGUGGAAAGGUGACAUGGGAACUAAAGGAACAGCUGAGGAGUCGGAGAGUGAAAGCAAUAAAGAAGGAGAUGGACAAACGCAUGAUGCUGGAGAGCUUUAAAAGCAUAACAAAGCCAACAAAUUCAAACAUCUGGACAGUAUUUCCGCCUACAGUCUGGCCUGAGAAAGAAGAGUGAGCCAGCAGACUGGAACCUAUCUUGUUUUCUUUGGUAUUGGUCAACACUACAUGGAUAAUCAGAGCAGCUUCAAAGAGCUGCUAGUGCACGGUGCUGCCCCUAUCUGCUUUCAUAUUUUUAGGCCAGCAGUCAAAAUAUGAUAAAGUGACACUGACAUUUUCUUUUUCUAACAAAUGUGCCUUAUCUUCUCUCCUGAAGAAAUGUUACUUUUAAUUUACCAUACAUUUUUGGUCAGGUUUACAGGAUAGUUGUUUUUAUAUGGUACUUUCAUUGAUAAUGACACUGCAAAUUUUGUGCAUUUAUGCUAUAAACUGCCUCAGUAUUAUGUGGAAGAACAAACCCUUACACUAUUUUACAUGCAUGUGUUCCAGGGUAGUAUUUGUCCCUUUUCUUUAUUUAAUGCUGUGUGCACAAACCGUUUUGGAGCAAUAAGACUGUUUAGUCUUUGCAAUAUAUGUAUUUUUUUUAUGACUUUUUAAAUAAAAUAUUUUUAUUCAGUGUG